AUGAAGUUUGCAACUUCUCUCGCCUCCAUGGUGCUGGCCGCCUCGAGCGCCUUUGCCGCACCCACGGGAACCGAGCCCACGCCGACCCUCGACAAGCGCGCCACGACCAUCUCGUGCGACUCGUGGGGCUCCCUGGUCACGGGCGGCUACACCAUCUACCACAACAACUGGGGCGCCUCGGCCGCCACCUCGGGCUCCCAGUGCACCUACUUUGACUCGCUGAGCGGCAGCACCGUCGCCUGGCACACGACCUGGAGCUGGGCCGGCGGCUCCAGCAGCGUCAAGUCGUACUCCAACGUUGCCCUCGAGAAUGUCAACAAGCAGCUCUCGGCUGUCUCGUCCAUUCCCUCGGUCUGGAAGUACACUCAAACCGGCAGCAGUAUCGUUGCCGAUGUAGCCUACGACCUGUGGCUGGCGCCCACGUCGGGCGGCACCAACGAGUACGAGAUCAUGGUGUGGCUGGCGGCCUACGGCGGCGCGGGCCCCAUCUCGUCGACCGGCAGCGCCAUUGCCACAGUCACCAUUGGCAGCUACAGCUGGAAGCUCUACUACGGCCUCAACGGCAGCACCAAGGUCUACUCGUUUGUCGCCACCAGCACCGUCACCAGCUUCAGCGGCGACAUCAACCUGUUCUUCAAGUACCUCACCUCGAGCCAGGGUGUCCCCACCUCGUACUACAUCACUUCCCUCCAGGCUGGUACUGAGCCCUUUACUGGCUCCAGCGCUACCCUCACUGUCUCUGCCUACAGCAUCUCUGUCUCAUAA